AUGCCCAGACAAGAUGGUACUGUUGCCAUAGUGACAGGAGGAGGCAGGGGAAUCGGCUAUGAGGUAGUUCGCCACUUGGCCAGACUGGGGGCGCACGUUAUCAUAGGUGGGAGGGAUGAGCUGGAGGGUCUUGCAGCCAUCAGGAGGAUCUGUGACGAGUACAAGGAGGCCAAAGUUGAGUUCAAGAAGUUGGACCUAGCCUCUCUGCAUUCUGUUCGUCAAUUUGCGCAGAACUUCAAGGAGAGGAAGCUGCCAUUAAAUAUUUUGGUGAAUAAUGCGGGUGUGAUGCUGGUUCCUGAGGGUCGUACUGUCGAUGGAUUUGAACGGCACUUUGGAGUGAACUACCUUGGCCACUUCCUGUUGACCUGGCUCCUCCUGGAUACACUGAAGGGUUCUGGGAAGUGUGGUUCCAUCUCCCGUGUGGUCAACGUCUCAUCAUCAGCCCAUUGCAUUGGGGAGAUCAGACUAGAUGACUUGAACAGUUGCCAACAUUAUUCAGCUCACGCUGCCUAUUGCCGCAGUAAACUGGCCCAGCUGUUAUUUAGCAGACAGCUGCACCAGGAGAUGCAGCGUGGAGGUUUCCCUGUGAGUUCCUGUGCUGUGGAUCCUGGGAUGGUGGAUACUGCUCUCUAUUGUCAUCUCUGGACACCUCUCCGUCUCGCACAGAGUGUCGUCGCCUGCGUGCUUUUUAGGACUCCUGCAGAGGGUGCUGCCACUGUGCUGUCAGCUGCUUUGUCACCAAACCCGGACGGGGACUGUGGAGGAGGCUACUGGGCCAAUGGGUGCAGGGAAAUGUCAACGCCACCAACUUCUGAGCCACAGCUUCAGCUGAGCUUAUGGGAAAUCAGCAUCCAGUUGCUGAGCCUACACUAG